CGUCCUUCUCAAACUGUCCUACUCUCUCUGUUAGAAAACAGCACAGGACUCAAUAAGUUCUCAGGCGGUGGUGUGGGCACUGUUGCUCAGCCUUUUUUAUCUUUAAACAAACGUUUGUAACCUGCGAUAAGUGAACCAGAGAGAGAGAGAGAGAGACGACGCUGAGGUGGUCCACCUGAUCCAGGGAGAGGGAUUUGUUUUCCUUCCUGCAUUCCUGAUGGAGUCGUACAGAGUGACUGGCAUUCCUAACAGCGGACCACAGCGGGGCCACACUCAGCCGUCCCGCCCCUCCAGGCCCCAUAGUAAUGGAGCUGGUACAUACGGUCUCAGCAUCCGUGUCCAGGGUAUAGAUGGACAUCCCUAUGUAGUUCUCAACAACCAGGAUAGGGGUUCUCAGUCCUUUGUCGACCCUAACAGUAAUGGGUAUAUCGACACGGACAGCUCUUUUAUUGAGAACUACGACGAGUAUGAUUUCCGGGGAGGAAAGGAGGCUGGAUCCAACAGCCCCUUUAUGGAGUACAGGUCUCAGAAGAUGAUGCAUUACUCUGGUCCUCAAAAUGGUGUUGCAGAUUCCCAAGGAAAGAAACCAUCCACCCUUCUGAACUUUCAGAAGCAUCCGGAGAUACUGCAGCCAUAUGAUCCAGACACCAACUCCCUGAACCUUGAUGCUUUCCACAGCCUGCCUUCAAGGCCUCUGUCUCUGCCUGAGACUGGGAACCAACAGCAAAUCUCCAAAUCUGCUGUAUCUGCACCAUCCAAUGCCAAGUCAUCAAGUGUGGACCAGAAUAAACCCCCAACCCAGCUAGAGAAAAGGCAGCUUCCAUCUCAGAGCAUGAGUGAGACGGCCCUUUCAAAGCCGAAGUCACAGCGUCAGUCUUUGCCUCCGUCCCAGGUCGCUCAGCCUCAAACCAGGACACUAACAGCCGUGGCUCAGCCGCAGUCCAAACCUCGUUUUGCCAACCUGAAUCCACCUCAGUCCAAGCCAGGCUCUAAAGUUCAGCAGCAACCAGUCCCUCCAGCCCAGCCUCAGCCGUCCACUGUGUCGAGUCCCACGAGUGAGCAGAGCAAGACCUCGUGCAGAUCCCCCAGUUCUAUGAGCAGCGCCAACUCCAGCCUGGAGCGCACCCGCCGUGAGCCUGAUGUCCUUCCUCUACGCAGGACUGACUCCAGCGGGCCAGUUCUUCAGUCCUCUUCCCGCUCGCGCCACUCCUCCUCAUCUUCGACCUCUAAGGCUACGGUAGAUGAGCAGAUGGACGCCCUGUAUGCAGACACCAUCAACCGCCAUGAGAACCGCCGCUACAUCCCCUUCACUCCCGGUUCAGGCAGAGACAUUGACACAGGCUCCAUUCCUGGAGUCGAUGAGCUCAUUGAGAAGUUUGAUGGCAAAGAUGGCAGCCACCAGCGCAGGGGCAGGGCGGGCCGUAGGAACAGGAUCAACCCAGAGGACAGGAAGCGCUCACGCAGCGUGGAUAGCGCCCUCGGCCUUCGAGAUGGCUCUGGCAACACGAACGAGUUUAGCCGCCAGCGGGGCACAUCAAUGGAGCAUGUACUGCGUCCCUCGCAGCUGCGGCUGCAGAAGACAGCAGGCAGUCAGGACUCCUGGCUCACGGCUGUAGAUGGUAAGGUCAACUCCAGGGCUUCAUCUUCUCAUGCCACCAGUGCACCCGGCUCCCCCCAGAACACCAUCUCUAAAGGUGUAAGCUCCAUACAGGGUUACAAAAAGCCACAGACUCACACAUCCUCAGUACCAUUCACCAGUAAAGAGAGUAAGGAUGAUGCCUCUUCAUCUGGAAAGGUUCCGACAACAUUGCUGUCAACAUCGCUGUCCAAGCCCUCUUCCACCGCAGACAAAAAGCCCAGUACAAACGCAGAUGUUCAGGCGACACCUGAUCUUCUAAAAGGUCAACAGGAGCUUUCACAACAAACACACGAAGAGACAGCAAAACAAAUUUUGUUCAAUUACCUUAAGGACGGAAGCAACGACAAUGAUGAAGCGACGAAGAGAAAGGUCAACCUGGUCUUUGAAAAGAUACAGACGUUGAAGUCUCGGGCCACGGCAAGUUCACAAGGCGACAACAAAUCCCUGGACUUUGCUACACAGACCAAAGCUCUGCAGGAGCAAAAUGCUGAACUGGAGAAAGAAAUGGUCGAACUGAAGGAACAGCUUGAGAAGAACCAGGCUGACAAGAGGACAGCAGCAGAUUUGAAGGAGCGGAGUGCAGAGGAGUGCAAGCGUCUGAAGGAAAAACUAGCCAAAACAGAGGCCGAACUCCAGACCACAGUUGAAGAGCUGUUCCAGGUGAAGAUGGAGAGGGAGCAGUACCAGACAGAGAUCAGAGACCUGCAGGACCAGCUGUCAGAGAUGCAUGACGAGCUUGACACGGCCAAGAAGUCACCCUCUGAUGGAGAGAAAGACAUCAUUAUGGCGGAGAUGAUGCAACUGAAGCUGGAGAUGCAGGAAGUUCUCCUGGCCAAGGAGGAGCAGGAGGAGUUGCUGAGGAGGCGAGAGAGGGAGCUGACAGCUCUGAAAGGAGCCCUGAAGGAGGAAGUGGCUGCUCAUGAUCAGGAAGUGGACAAGAUGAAGGAGCAGUAUGAGAAGGACAUAAGCCGGCUACAGAUGUCUUUGGAGGAGGCCAAGCAGAGCAGCGCAGCAGUGGUCCGUGAGAAGGCUGAAGUGGAGGCAGCCAAGGGUGCAGUGGAGGGCCAAGCAGGGCGUCUGUCCCAAGAGGCCGAGCGGCUGCGCAGGCGGGCACAAGAGCUGGAGAAUGAGGUGGCCAAACUCAACCGCAUCAUUGAUGAGGCCAAGCUACAGGAGAGCAGGCUGGGUGACAGAGUUGGCCGACUGGAGAGAGAGAAAAAGCAAUUGGAAGAAUCUUUGGCUGAAAUUAAGGAGCAAGAAGAGGAAAUGUCACGUGCCAAUCGAGCGUUGACUAUUCGGUUGGAGGAUGUGCAGAGGAACUUGACCAAACUGAGCAGUGAACACAAGGAGUUGGAGGAGAGGUUACAAGAGGAGAGGACUCAGAAGGAGCAGUUCAAGAACAUGAAGAACGACAUAGAGGAUGAGAGGAGGUUGUUGGAUCGGACAGUGGAGAAACUCCAGAGGGAGAUGAAUGAUAUUGUGGAUGCGUCUCAGUCAUCCACCCGGGAGCUGCAGGAGCAGAUUGACAUUUAUAAAGAGAAGAACCGUCGGGAGCUGACGGAGCUGCAGAGGCUUCUGAAGGAGCGAGGACAGGAGCUGGAGAAGUACCUGCUGGCUACCAAAACCCUGCAAGAAGAGUUGUCACACCAGGAGGAGGACCUGCAGCGGUGUCAGAGGGAACGAGACGAGGCCGUGCUCAGAGAGAAGGCGCUGGAGAAAAAGGUCCAAGAUCUGGAGGUGGAGGCUGAGACGAAGGCCCACUCUAAAGAAGAGAAAGCUAGACAUGUCAAACUCAUGGAGGAUAGGAUUGCUCAGCUGGAGUUGGACCUGGAUGAGGAGCGUCAGAGUGGAGACCAGCUGAUGGACAGGAUAGACCGUGGAAGAGAGCAGGUGGAGCAGAUGAGGAAUGAACUCCUGCAGGAGAGGGCUAGCAGACAGGACCUGGAGUGUGACAAGAUGGCUCUGGAGAGACAGAACAAAGAUCUGAAAGGCAGACUGUCUCAUCUAGAGGGCUCCCAGAAGUCCAACAAAGAGGGCCUGGUAGCCCAGCUGGAGGAACGCAUACAGGAGCUGGAGGAGAGGCUGGAAGGGGAGGAAAGGGACCGUGCCAACCUGCAGCUGGUGAACCGCAGGCUGGAAAGGAAGGUAAAAGAGAUGAUGAUGCAAAGUGAAGAAGAACAACACACAAUGCAAGAUCAAAAGGACCAAUUGAAUCUGCGUCUGAAGGCCUUGAAACGGCAGAUGGAUGAGUCAGAGGAGGAGAUCGACCGACUGGAGCACAGCAAGAAGAAGCUGCAAAGAGACCUGGAUGAGCAACAGGAGGCCAACGAGCAGCUCCAGAGCCAGCUCAAAGCUCUGCGAAGUGAAAUCAGGCGUAAGAGCUCCUCUGCCCCGCUGCUGAACAGUCUGCACGACGACGACGAUGACGACGAUGACAUCAGCACUGAUGGGGAGACGUACUUCAGCUCAUCAUUGGGGUACAAACGCUCCUCAAGUCAAGACAACAUCUUGUCCUCCUUCACUUUGUAAACAAACCCUGAGGUCGAGGAUAAAGCUGCUGUAUAUUCAUCACUGUUGGACCAAACGGCUGGAGAUCCGUGCCAUGUGCUUUUGAACAAAACUGUAAAUAUUACACCAAAACAUCUGUGUGAAUAUUCAGAGACUGUAAAAAUCCACUUCAACAGAGUUAACACAAUUCUCCUGGAUAUUAAUUCUAGGUACAAUCUCGAUGUCCAUAAAUUUACUCAGUAUUAAUUGAAUAGCUCUGAGAUUGAUGGAUGAAAUCAUCAUUUAGAAAUUGAAUGUAUAUACUGUUUAAUCUGGUAAUUUUACAUUCACAAAUUUAGUCUCAUGUAAAUUAGUUCUAUUCUGAGUCUAUUUUCCUUGUUAACAAAUGGAUUACAUGUGCUUGUCAAUGAUUAUAUAGCAAUAGUAAACUUGAAAAUGCACUCUUUAAUGCACUGUAAAGCAACGCAACCAGUACUGCCUUUGUAAACAAUAUGAAGUUAUUAACCCUUUAACUUUUUUUAUGCCUAUCAAAUAUGUUAGAUUUACAUACAAUAUCUGAAUAUUAUUUUUUGUAUAAUUCAGUCAAAUAAAAUAUAUUUACAUUUUUUUUUUUUUUUUUUAAGAAUGAAGAUCAAAUCUGAAUAUAUGAAGUGAGCAGUACCAGGAAGUUUUGUUUUUUAUUUAUUCUUGGUUGAAUAUACAAAAUCCUGACUCAGUGAGGGUUUUAGGGAACAGUAAAUGAGGGACUUUGUACACAUCCAUUUUUAUACAGUUUUAUAUGGUUUGAUGACAAAUAAUAGAUCCAUGAAAAUAUUAUCAACAGCAUUGAAACAUUAGUGUAACAUUUUGUCAGACAGGCUUCUCCAAAUAUUAGCCACAUCACAGUAUUGCUUAUACAUCUACUGGAAAAGGCUGCGUCAUACGAGCAUGUGGAAAUGAGCUUUCUUUAGUCUUUUCUGUGAUUACUGAUUCUGAAUCAGACUUCAGUACCGAACAAAGCCACACAUAUCAAAAACCAUUAAUCUCUGAAGACAAUUAUUAUACUGGAAACACUUUGAUUUAACUUGGUGAUUUCUCUCUGUUAAUACUGAACAUGUUUAAUUCUUUUUGUUUAAUGUUUAACAUUUUCAUACAUGAGGCCGUCCAGUGCCUGUAAGAAUGUGUGGCCCUUUUUUAAUUUUCCUUGAACUAAAUGAGGGAAUUUUCUUCACAUGAGAUAAACUGACAAUUGAUGUUUUUACUACACUGUGAUGAUUUGCACUCUCUGUUGGCUCUGUGCUUAAUAUGCCCAAGUCCGACGCCUCUGGAGGGAGAGUAGAUUGAGACAAAUUACCACUACCUCUCUGUACACAUUUGUAUGUUGAUAAAUCCUGCUGAGACUAAAAUAAAUUUACUUCCAGUUACUCUCAAA